GCAUGAACGGGGUGACUGAGUUGAACAGGGUGAACUCCGAUUCCAGCCUUGAAUCUCUUGUUUUCAAAGUAUUAAAGCUCAAAACAAUUUAUUUCAGCUUUGUAAUCUCCAAAUACAGUGAGGCGUUGGUGGCCAAGUGGUUAAAGUAUUCGCCUGUCACGCUUUUGACCUUGGUGAUAUUCCCCACAUGGGUACAAUGUGUCAAACACAUUUCUGGUGUCCCCCGCAUAUGUCAUGAUCAUGAGGGGGGAAAGGUUGAACGUCAUACGAUGCGCGGAUCCCUACACUAAGUUACUGAUGGCUAGCUACAACCUGGUGGGAAGGUACAACACAUUCAAUCGUUGCCCAGUUUCGUGUUAUCUCACACAAGCAACAGUCCAAAUGCUAUCUGAUGCUGUCGUCACUCCUGCCUGUCCAUUGGUCAAUGAGAUGCCAAAGUCAAGAGAGUCACACCACCAGAUAUUGAGUGAUAUAAACAGUUGGUGUGACAGCGAACCCCAACCAGUCUUUUCCAGAUACAGCUCUAAACCCUUGACGAUUGGAUGCCCAACAAUGCAGUUGACGCCGCAGACAAUGUACGUCGUUACCGUCGGCGUAAUCGUCGUUUUCGUAAUCGUCGCUUGGUACUACCGCCGCAACAAGCACAACCAUCCAGAGUUGUAUUACCUUGACUCGGACCUCCAUCGACAUAUCAUCGAAACCAAACCUGGAUUUACCUCCCCUUACCGGCCGCCAUUUUGGCUGCAGAACAACCAUGUGCAUACGUUCAUUGCGGCUUUGAUUCCUAAAGUGAAAAUGUACUUCAAGAGGGAGUACAUUAAUCUGGAUGAUGAUGGUGCUGUUGCCUUGGACUGGGCACAAGACCAGUUGGACUCCCUUACAGACACAAGUCCCAUUCUCAUUGUGUUGCCUAGUCUAUCAGCGUGCGCGGACGAUAUGGCCGAACUCUGCAACACUGCGUCAAAGCGAGGUUACCGAGUUGUGGUAUUCAACAAACGUGGGCACGGGGAUUCCGUAUUGGCGACACCUAAACUGCAAGGGUUUGGCGAUGCAAAGGAUAUGAGACGCUGUGUGGAGUAUUUACGUGACAAGUAUCCCGAAGCAAAAAUUGUCGCUGCAGGCUCCAGUGCAGGAUCGUGCCUUUUGAUGUCCUAUUUGAGUGAAUACGGAGCGGAUUGUCUCCUAGCAACAGGGGUAUGUAUUUGCCCUGGAUAUGACGCUUUGGACGUGUUUACAAAGCCAAUGAAUAAUGUUUAUGAGUUUAUUCUACUUUCGUCCUUAAAGAAAAUUCUGAAGAAACAUGCCAAGAUGCUGUCGCAAUUAAUUGACAUGAGAGCGGCGACCAGAGCGACAAAUUUUAGAGACUUUGAUAAGCAAGUCUACUGCAAAUUCUACGGGUAUGAGGACAGCCUUGAGUACUGGAAGUGUCAGAAUCCAAUGAGAAAUAUUUUAAAUAUAUCGGUUCCCGUCAUGUGUAUAACCAGCUUGGAUGAUCCAAUAUUUAUGGCCAAAUAUAUACCAUUCAACAUGUUUCGAGAGACUUCCGAUUGGUUGCUAGUGACAACAAACAAGGGAGGUCACUGUGGUUUCAUUGAAGAAUCGACACUGAAACCGUGGUCUGAUAGAUUAGCUCUUGAUUACGUCGAUGCUGUGCUAGAAUUCCAAGGAGCUCCGAAAUAGAUUAAUGUCCAAGUUUCGUUUAAUCUUUGACAACAGAUUGCCAACUAUUUAGAGGGGUAUGUGCUCUGUGGUCUGGUGACCAGUUGUACCCUUGCCUAGAUGUUGUAGUGAGUGCAUUGUUAAGCUGGGACAUUGACACUUUUGUUUUGUGGGUAACCAGAGACUCUUAGAUUGAAAUACAUCCUACAAACUGAGUUAAAAGUGUGAUGAGUAAAUACAUUAAACUUGUUUGAUUGUUAGGCCCCUUUAAAACUAGUACUGGUACAUGAUUAAGUGUGAUAGGGAAAUGCCACACUAACUCUGCAUAAACCAGUUGCAUCAAUUCACGUGUAUAAGUUACUGUGGACAUUCGCAGUUUCAGUAUACCAUGUAUACUUAACAAUAAAACUGAAAAGCCCCGUUUUGUCGUCAUGAUUUGUAGGAUUUGUAUGAUUAGAGCGAUAAAACCAUUUCCAUAAUCAAAAUAAAUG